UGCACUUGAGAUUUGGGAUAUUUAGCUUCUUGGUAACUGGCACAGAUUUAAUUAGCAGAUUUAAUUAACUCAAGCCUGAGCUCCAAAUCCUAAACUUUUAUCACAGAACACACAGAGUGUUGUUUUAUAUUUAUAUAUAUUCUUUCCUUUAUUUUUCUCUUUACACAUGAGACUUAUUAUCCACAUUAAGUGCGGGUGUAAAGGGUCACGGCACCACAUUAAGUGCGGGGGUAAAGGGUCACGGCACCACAUUAAGUGCGGGUGUAAAGGGUCACGGCACCACAUUAAGUGCGGGGGUAAAGGGUCACGGCACCACAUUAAGUGCGGGUGUAAAGGGUCACGGCACCACAUUAAGUGCGGGGGUAAAGGGUCACGGCACCACAUUAAGUGCGGGUGUAAAGGGUCACGGUACCACAUUAAGUGCGGGGGUAAAGGGUCACGGCACCACAUUAAGUGCGGGGGUAAAGGGUCACGGCACCACAUUAAGUGCGGGGGUAAAGGGUCACGGCACCACAUUAAGUGCGGGGGUAAAGGGUCACGGCACCACAUUAAGUGCGGGGGUAAAGGGUCACGGCACCACAUUAAGUGCGGGUGUAAAGGGUCACGGCACCACAUUAAGUGCAUGUGUAAAGGGUCACGGUACCACAUUAAUUGCGGGUGUAAAGGGUCACGGCACCACAUUAAGUGCAUGUGUAAAGGGUCACGGCACCACAUUAAGUGCGGGGGUAAAGGGUCACGGCACCACAUUAAGUGCGGGGGUAAAGGGUCACGGCACCACAUUAAGUGCGGGUGUAAAGGGUCACGGUACCACAUUAAUUGCGGGUGUAAAGGGUCACGGCACCACAUUAAGUGCGGGGGUAAAGGGUCACGGCACCACAUUAAGUGCGGGGGUAAAGGGUCACGGCACCACAUUAGCCUUCAUCUCUCAUAUUUACUCCAGUCACAUGUUCGAGUUUUGUACGUAGUUUAUUUAGUUGUGGGGAAUUUUUGGUUGGUUAAAUAUGAACUCGAAACCUACCAGUAAGUGUGUGUUUAUAGCUUUAGUUCGGUGGAGACUCGGUUAUUUACACGUUAUUACCUUUUAGUUCAUUAAUAUUAGCUUUAUCUGAAAAAGGAAAGGUUUGUGUGUUGGCGUUACACUUAAUCCAUGUGCUGUGACGUCACCGGUGGUGAUGGGGGUUUGUAGGAAGAAGCUUUGCCCCGCUGCACAAUCUGAUUGAGGCAGGCAAUGUGAGUCAUAAAGGCCCAAAAUUAAAAGGAAUGUGAUGUGAGUUGUGUUUGUGUGUGUGUGUGUGUGUGUGUGUGUGUGUGUGUGUGUGUGUGUGUGUGUGUGUGUGUGUGUGUGUGUGUGUGUGUGUGUGUGUGUUCUCAGACACCGACUCUGAUUAUAGUUGGGGAGUUGGACAAUAAUCUUGGCUCUCAGUCUCUGAAGAACCUGC